AAAGAAUUAGAGGGGCAAAUUUGUGAAACUUUUUUUGGGCCAGUGGGCCUACAUUUCCCAAAACCCACUGCGACGGCCAAAAUCCGCCAUAUUGAAAUCGCCAGAACGGGAACGCGCUGGCUGUAUAGUCUGUAUCCACAACACAGCAUAUUGGGACUAUGACGCAGACAGUGCAGACGAACGGGGUGCAACCCCUCAGUAAGACCUGGGAACUCAGUCUGUAUGAGUUACAGAGGACUCCACAGGAGGCCAUCACAGAUGGGCUGGAGAUCGCGGUGUCUCCCCGGAGCCUCCACAGCGAGCUGAUGUGUCCCAUCUGUCUGGACAUGCUGAAGAACACCAUGACAACCAAGGAAUGUCUGCACCGCUUCUGUGCCGACUGCAUCAUCACCGCCCUCAGAUCAGGCAACAAGGAAUGUCCUACGUGCAGAAAGAAGCUGGUGUCUAAGCGAUCCCUGCGGCCGGACCCUAACUUUGACGCCCUCAUCAGUAAGAUCUACCCCAGCAGAGAUGAGUACGAGGCCCACCAGGAGAGGGUUCUGGCCCGCAUCUCCAAACACAACAACCAACAGGCCCUGUCCCACAGCAUCGAGGAGGGCCUCAAGAUACAAGCCAAGAACAGGCUGCAGCGAGGGAAGAAACACCAGCUGGAGAACGGGAGCGGGGCGGAGGACAACGGUGACUCCUCCCACUGCAGCAAUGCCUCCGUCCACUCCAAUCAGCAGGAGGCGGGUCCGAGCAUCAAGCGUACCAAGACGUCAGAUGACUCUGGUCUGGACAUGGACAACGCCACGGAGAACGGAGGAGGAGCUGGAGGAGACAUGGCCGUGGAAGGAGCCAGCGAGAUAGAACUGGUGUUCUGUCCUCAUCCUACGCUCAUGGACAAGGAGGACACCGUGCAGACCAGUGUUGAGUUUGUUCCCAGGUACAUCAAGACGUCAGGUAACGCCACAGUGGACCACCUGUCUAAGUACCUGGCUGUGCGUCUGGCCCUGGAGGAACUGAGGAAGAACGGAGAGGCCAGCCCCGUCAAUGUAGACGCUGCCUCAGAGAAACAAUACACCAUUUAUAUCCCUACAGCCAACGGCCAGUUCACGGUGCUGAACGGGUCGUUUUCUCUGGAGCUUGUCAGUGAGAAGUACUGGAAGGUGAACAAGCCCAUGGAGCUGUACUUCGCCCCCACCAAAGAGCACAAGUAGACCACCUGGAGUACACCUGGGGGGUAGACCACCUGGAGUACACCUGGGGGGUAGACCACCUGGAGUACACCUGGGGGGUAGACCACCUGGAGUACACCUGGGGGGGUAGACCACCUGGAGUACACCUGGGGGGUAGACCACCUGGAGUACACCUGGGGGGAAGACCACCUGGAGUACACCUGGGGGGUAGACCACCUGGAGUACACCUGGGGGGAAGACCACCUGGAGUACACCUGGGGGGUAGACCACCUGGAG